AUGGGAGAAACGCCGGCGGGAGCAACUUCGAGCACGCCAGAGCCUCAAUCGCCGGCCGAAAAAUUAGUCACUUUGGAGCAAAGAGCCGUGGAUGAGCCCCGUGCUAUUAAGGUUAUUGUCAUUGGAGCUGGAAUCAGUGGUAUCCUUGCCGGAAUCCGAUUGCCUCAGAGAAUUGAGAAUCUCGACCUUGUUAUCUACGAGAAGAACCCAGAAGUCGGAGGAACAUGGUAUGAGAACAGAUAUCCCGGUGUAGCUUGUGAUAUCCCCUCGCAUUCUUACCAGGCAUCAUUCGAGCCUAACCCCAGCUGGAGCCGCUUCUACGCCCCCGGCGCGGAAAUUGGAGAAUAUUGGAAACAUGUGGCAAGGAAGUACGGCGUAUACAGGUACUUACAAGCUAGCAGGAAGGUUUUGGAGGCAAAGUUCGACGAAGCCAGGGGUAAAUGGACGCUGAAGAUCCAGAAAUUGGAUACACCGGAACAAGAAGUGUUUGAGGAUGAGGCGGAUGUUCUCUUCGGUUGUAUUGGCGCACUGAAUGAAUGGAAAUGGCCUGAGAUUAAGGGACUUCACGACUUCAAGGGGAAACUUUUGCAUAGCGCAAACUGGGAGGAUGGGUAUGAGUACGCUGGCAAAGAGGUUGCGGUUAUUGGUAUCGGUUCCAGCGCGAUACAAAUUGUUCCAACUAUGCAGAAGGUGGUUAAGAAAUUAGAUCACUAUGCUCGUGGGAAGACGUGGAUUGCUAUGCCCAUUGCUGGGGAGUUUGCGGAAGCUAAGAAUCCUGAUGGAAAAGACUUUAAUUUUUCAGAAGCCGAUAUCGAAAAGUUCAAGAAUGACCCGAAACACUUUUAUGAAUAUAGAAGAGAGCUCGAACAUGAGCUCAAUUCGGCGCACACCAUUACUAUGAGAGGGAGCGAUCUCCAAAAAGGAGCCGUCGAGGUUUUCACUGAGAACAUGAAGCAAAAGCUGGCGUCAAAACCAGAAGUUUUCAAGUCGCUGUUACCGCCGUUCCCACCUGCUUGUCGACGGUUGACGCCAGGUCCUGGUUAUUUGGAAGCAAUCGCCAAAGAUAAUGUGAACUUCAUCUCUGACGAAAUUUCAUAUGUCACACCAGAUGGACUUGUUGCUGCAGAUGGCACAGCACGGUCAGUUGAUGCUAUAAUCUGUGCCACAGGUUUUGACACAACAUGGACCAAACGAUUUCCAAUAAUUGGCCGCGGCGGGAAGCCACUUUCUGAGAAAUGGAAAGACCACCCGGACACCUACCUUAGUAUCGCAACAGAUGGGUUUCCCAACUACUUCAUGAGUUUGGGACCGAACUCUGGCGUUGGAACUGGCAGUCUGACAAUUGUGUUGGAGAGGGAAGUUGAUUAUGUUUGCAAGGCGGUUCAGAAGAUCCAAAGGGAAAACAUCAAAACAAUUGAGGUUAAGGCCUCGAGCGUUCGCAACUUCCAAAAGUAUUGUGAUGCAUAUUUCCCUGGAACUGUAUUUUCGAUGAAGUGUCGCAGUUGGUACAAAGGUGGCACAUAUGACGGCAAGGUCUCCGCAUUAUGGCCAGGAUCCUGUCUCCACGCUGAAAGAGUACUGAGCAAUCCCAGGUGGGAGGACUGGGAAUACGAGCACAUCAAUGACAGCGAACAUGGUUGGCUUGGGAAUGGUUGGACAAUGGCCGAUAUGAAGCCCGAGGCGGACAGAGCGUACUACUUGAAGCAUGGAAUAGUUGAUCUUCCUCCUGUUGUAGUAUAA